AUGCCCAACCCGUCCAAGUUCGACUUGCAUCGCGAGCAGCUCGCCGCCAGCCUCACCGGUCUCGCAGAGUCCAUGCGGAACUGCGCCCAAUUCGCCGAGACCUUCGCGAAAAUCGUCAACGACGCCUCUUAUGCCCCAGAGGUCGCUGAGUAUCUGAACGCCGCCCACGAUGAGUCUGCCAAGGGCAAGCGCAAGGCAGCAGCGUCGCCCGACGACGCCGACGGCCCUAAGAAGCGCAAGCGCACCCAGAAGGUCAAGGACCCCAACGCCCCCAAGCGCCCCGCAUCAUCCUACAUUCUCUUCCAGAACGAAGUCCGCAAGGAGCUCAAGGAACAGCACCCCAAUAUUUCCAACAUGGAUCUUCUUGCCAUGAUCUCUGAGCAGUGGAAGAACAUGUCUGACGAUCAGAAACGGAUCUACAAUGAGGCCAUGAAGACCGCGAAUGCCCUGUAUUCUGAGGAGAAGAAGGCCUACGACAACCGCACACCCGCAGAGAUUGAGGCUGCCAACGCCGCCCUCGAAGCAGCCAGGGCUCUCAAAAAGGCAAAGUCGAAGCGUGGCCCAAAACCUGCCGCUGCCGCUCCUGCUCCUGCUGUCCAGGCGCGUCCUCCACCUGCGCCGGAGGAGGUUGAGCCAAGCACUGAGGCGUCCGAGGACGACGAUUCUGAGGAGGAAGAAAACACGACGCGUAAAGCACCGAAGCAAGCCGAGCCUGAUAGUGAUUCGAGUGAAGAAGAAGAAGCAUCCCCGGAACCUGCACCGAAGAAGCGCCGUGGCACAUCCGCACAGCCGUCUGCACCAAAAGCCAAAAAAAGCUCCAAGGUCUGA